AGUCGAGCUUCAGCCAGCCCACGCGACAGCACCGUCCACCGUCGAGCACGACAGCCACCUCGGACCCCUCGUCGCCCUGCCGGACCGCCCGUGAGAUGCGAUGAGCGCGGUACGCUCAGCUCCGUGCCUCCGGCUGGCCACCGCCGCCCUCGGCGCUCGCCCGGCCGCGACUGCAGCAGGCGCUGCGCCCGCCUCGAGAGCCGCCCUCCUCCACACAUCCGCCAGCCUCAACGGCAAGCCGCGGCGGUCACGCUUCAAAAAUGUCCACCUCGACGCCAUGGGCCUCUCGAGCCCCGAGAAGAUGCAGCAGUUCACCGAAAAGAUGUACCCAAAGUACACCGAGCAGGAGCUCAAGGCGCUCAGCGAACGUUAUACCCCAGAGCAGAUGGCCGCCAUCGAGGCUGGUGAGGCCGCCAUCGACCCCCACGACCUGACGGUACAAGCCCGCAUGCGGAGCGACCCGUACCGGCUGCCCUACCUCGACGACUUCAGCAAGAUCCUGCCCAUAGUCGACAAGAGGGUGCGGACGGCACCGCUCCCGGACCCCAAUGCCAAGUUCAUGACCGAGUCCGAGUUUGCCGGCGACCUCAUGACAUGGGCAAACGAGCUGAUCCCCGAGGAGCACAAGCAGCUGCUCAAGGGCGCGGGCCAGAGCAUGGACGAGGCUCUCAAGCCGCAGUUUGCGGCCCUCGAGGCGAGCGGCAAGUCCCGCGGCGAGAUCGAGCACGAGAAGAGCAAGCUGGUGCGGCAGUGGCGCAACGAGGAGUCGGAACGCCUCCGGCCGCUGGAAAGCGCGCUGACAAAGUCGAUGCACGACGAGUUCCCCAGGCUCAUCUACGAGCGGUCGCCGUUCAAGGAUAACAACCGCCCCGCGCACUCGCCCAUGGCGCCGGGGCUCGGCUCCAACUUCCCAGACUCGGGCGUCAUGGAAGGUCGGGACCCCGGCGAUGAGGCCCUCGACCCAGAAGGAAUAUGGAGGCAGACACAGAAGGUCACUGGGCUUCCCCUGAGGGACCUGAUGAAUAUGAGGGUCAAGCCGCUCGUGAUUCGAUUCGUAUCAAACCAGACCCGUCUUGGCAAGAUUCGAAGCGCUUCUGUCUUGUCAGUCGCCGGCACAUUAGACGGGCGGCUUGGUGUCGGUGUGGCCAAGUCCACCGAUCAGUCCACGGCGACGCAGAAGUCCAAGUUCCUGGCUCUCCAGAACCUCAAGCCGAUCAAGAGAUACGAGAACCGCACGAUAUACGGCAACGUCAGGGCCAAGGUCGGCGCGACCGUCGUAGAGAUCCGUGCUCGUCCUCCAGGCUACGGCAUCCGCGCAUCCCAUAGACUAUUCGAGAUAUUCCGUCUUAUCGGCAUUCACGACGUUUCGGCGCGCAUGCCACGCGGCCGGAACCCGAUGAACUCGGUCAAGGCGUGCGUCCAGGCGCUCCAGAGCCAGAAGGAUCCAGGACAGAUUGCGCUCGGUCGUGGCAAGAAGAUGGUUGAUGUACGAAAAGUGUAUUUCGGCGAAGACGUCCGGACGCAGACGGCUUAGCACAGAAGACGGUUGUCCAUCACUUACGCUUUCAUCGUCGAUCUCCUAUGUAGCAAGAGGCUUGACGUUAUACUUGUCAUCGUUGUGAAGCGACGAUGUUGUCCUAUAUGUACAAAACAUCACAAUGUAGAAAUGAUACUAGAGCAUUCACGAGAAGUUGGCCUACGGCGAAUGAUCAAACUUUUGCAUUUCUUCGUAUCACACACUCAUGCGUGCCUGUGAGUCGCAUGGGUUCUUGCUUGU